UUUAAUUCAAUGAUUAUUUUAAUGACUACAGUUGCAUAGACAAACUAAAGUUGCUUAUUAAUUUAUAUCAGCAUGAAUUAUUCCGGUAUUUUGAUAUUUAUCGUUUGUGUCUAUUUCAAUUCCGUGAAAUCUGAUACAAGCGUAGAAGAUGAAGGAGGUUCGGGGAGAUACACGAUAGAAGGUCGUGUUUUUCCACUUUCUGACUACCAGAGUAAUUGGCAAUCAAAUACAAGAAUUCACGUUAAUGGUGGCGAAUAUUUGGGUUUUUUGAAAAAAGAUGGAUCUUUUUCAGUGCACAAUUUACCUUCAGGGUCUUAUAUUGUUGAGGUUCUCAAUCCUGAAUAUUCAUUUGAGCCAGUUAGAGUAGAAAUAAAUCAAAAAGGUAAAUUUCGAGCCAGGAAAGUAAAUCACAUUCAAACAUCCCUAGUGAUUCCUUUACCCUAUCCACUUCGAUUGAAGGCUCUCGGUAGAACUAGGUACUUUCAACAGAGAGAGCAGUGGAGAGUAACAGAUUUCUUAUUCAAUCCAAUGGUACUGAUGAUGGUAGUGCCUCUUAUUGUCAUUAUGAUCUUGCCUAAAAUGAUGAAUGAUCCAGAAACUAAGAAAGAAAUGGAGCAAAUGCAGAGUUUGACCAAAUUUGAUAUACCAGAGAUGUCUGAUAUGGUCACUAAUUUGCUAACAGGGGGCUCAAAUUCUAAUAGUGCUGCUCAGCAAAGUAAACAGAAGCAAAAAGUAAAGAAGAGGCAGUAAAAUAUUUAAUCAAAAUUUAUUUAUUUGUGAACAGAAAUUAUUGUAUUUACAAUGUGUGGAGUAGUAAAAUGUUAAUUU